AUGAAAAAGAGCGAUGCUCUUCGCGAUCCAUUUUACGACGUAUUCAAGUGCGUAAUCAGUAACAUAUAUAUCAGUGACGAGGCCAACGAUCCUUUAACCUACGAUCUUAGAAAUUGUUUUCAUUCGCGGUACAAAGUCUUCUUACGAUUUGUAGAAAAACAUGCGCUCUUUCGUGAAGAAAUAAAAUCUGAGGGUCCUGUAGACUUCGAACGAGCAAUUAUAGCAACAGGAUAUGGAAAAUUUAAUUAUUUGCUAUUACUGGCGGUGCUACCGGCUAGCUUCUCCAGUAUUUUUUCGUCGUCAGCAAUGUCCUACGUACUACCAUCCGCCGAAUGUGAUCUUCAGUUAACGAUGUUCGACAAGGGACUAUUGAAUUCGAUGGCGUUUGCAGGAAUGAUCAUUACGGCAUUCUUCUGGGGUUGUGUUACUGACAUAUUUGGUCGUAAGAAAAUAAUGUUGUAUGGUUACUUACUUACUGGUCUACUAAGCGUGGCGAUGUGUUUUUCACACAAAUCUUGGCAUUUAAUAACGUUUAAAUUUUUUGAUGGUAUGAUUAUAUCUGGUCCAUAUGCAGCACUUAUGUCGUAUUUAGCGGAAAUACACAACGAAACACAUCGAUCGAGGUCAUACAUGUGGCUUGGCGUGUUCUUCUCACUGGGAAACAUUUUUUUGCCAUGUAUAGCAUGGCUUAUAAUACCUCAAAAGUGGUACAUGAAGUUUUUAAGCGAUACAUUAGAGAUAGCUUCCUGGAGAAUGUUCUUAGUCAUUUGUUCACUACCCGAAUUUUUAGCAUGCAUAGCCCUUUUCGCUUUCCCAGAGAGUCCGCGUUUUCUUAUCUUAAAGGGUCGACAUGACGAGGCAUUGAAUGUGUUUAAAAAAAUCUACUCACUCAAUACUGGCAAGGAUCCCAAUACAUAUCCGAUAAAAAGUCUAGAGGAUGAAUAUUCCAUUGAAUCAUGCGGGGAACGUAUACAGGACAAGCUGAAGAAUUGUUGCAAACUGAUAAAGCCACUCUUCUUGCGACCCAAUGUCUUCAGAUUGAUACUCAUAUCAAUGAUACAGCUUGGAGCAACAAUAGGAUCGAAUUCGCUCCGACUUUGGAUGCCUCAGCUGUUCGCGAUGAUUGAAAAUUAUAAAAAUACUGUGAUGAAGGAUGAUAACCAUAUAUCGGGAUUGCAGCGUUCAUUUUGUUACAUGUUAGAUCAGGAAGAGUCGUAUCUUAAUUCCACGUAUUAUGCUAACAAUACGAUAGGCAAUUCUACAGCUGUAUGCGUUCCGGUCGAGUUGAAUUCCAGAGUCUUUAUCAAUUCCAUUGUCAUCGCCAUGACAGGUGUUAUCGGUUAUACUGUAGCUGGUUCUCUGAUAACUGUGGUUGGAAAGAGGCAGUUAAUGGCAAUUUGCUUCAUCGUCGCUGCUACUUGUUGUGGUUCAUUGUACUGGACUGAAGACACUAAUGGUAUCCUCGGAUUGUCUUCGGUAUUUGUUGCCAUGACAAGUAUAGGCGGGGCAACUGUUGUUAAUAUCAUUGUCGAUAAUUUUCCUACAUAUCUAAGAACUACGGCAGUUAGCAUAACCAUGAUGACGGGAAGAAUUGGCGCAGUAAUUGGCAAUCUAUUGUUUCCGAUUUUAUUCAAUCUAUCAUGUUUAGGACCGUUCGUCAUGAUAGGUUUAGCCUCUUUAGUGUCUGCAUUUUUGGUUGCUAUUCUACCCCGAAAAACAACGCAAGAUGACAAACCAAAAGAUAUUGUUUGAUCUUUCUAGUUACAUUCAAUCAGUUAAUUUCUUUAUUUGUUUUA